GCCAGAUGGCAAUUGAAGGUUGCCUGAGUGGACUUCAUUUUAACAACCGCCGCAAUUCCUUGGCUCCGCCGCCUUCUCUCUCUCUCUCCCCGACGGCUUAAAUUACCCUCGGAAAGCGUCGACCACUUCAGUAGGUUAAGGGGAAUCAAAGUGCGAGUGCGCGUCUUAGAGUGCUGCUGAUUGAGGCGGUCGACGUGCGGCGGUGUCUACCCUUGUCACCGACUUUUCUUCUUUUCUUCGAUUAGCGUAUGCGCGGGAGUUUUGAUUUUUUUUUUUUUUUUUCGUUCGAAAACGCUCCGUCAAGUUGAUCGAGGGAGCUUUGAUGAAUCUUGGAUCGGUCGUGCGGAGGAGGAUGUGAUUGCGGCGUUUCAGCACCUCGGAUUUGCCCACUCUGGGUAGUGGUUUCUCGAAUAUUAUGGCAUUGUCGUGCAGGAAUUGAGAAGGAUAAUUGACUUCGUAGAAUCUCCAAGUAAACUGUUAUGGAUGACUUACCGCCUACUGAUUAUGAAGAGGAUGGGAGCCCAAUUCUUGAUGAUCCAUUUGGAUUCUCCGGCCUCAUGAAUUUUGAUGGUUAUAGUCCCACUAUUGUGGAUCAAUUCAUAUCGACUUUAAGCUUUCCAGCUGCUAAUCAAGAACCUGGUUUGUGGGCUUCAUUGUCAUCGCCAAGGGUUUCUACUCAAUCCGUUCUGGGAGUUAAUAGCAACUCUGGUGAUGCUUAUUAUCACUGCAGGGAUAAAAUAUCUUUGAAUUCGAGACAGGGAUCUUCAUCAGAUUGUCUCAGAAAGGAAGUUAGUAGUAGUAGUAGGAGUGCUAGUUAUUCUGCCGUUGAUUCCAUGACCAACGAAGUGGUGCUUACUGUUCCUCCGUCUCUCCAAGGGAUGUCUCUUGGAGAAAGAAUGCUUAAGGCUCUAUCCUUGGUUAGGCAAUCAAUGCAUGGUGGAAUUCUUGCCCAGGUCUGGAUGCCCAUUAAACAGGGUGAUCAAUAUGUGCUGAGUACUUCCGAGCAGCCCUGCCUCCUAGACCACAGUCUUGCUGGCUACCGGGAAGUUUCAAGGCAUUUUACCUUCUCACCUAAGGAAGCCCCUGGUUUGUUCACUGGGCUUCCUGGUCGUGUAUAUAUAUCUGGAAGGCCAGAGUGGACCUCGAAUGUCAUCUAUUAUAAAAACUUUGAGUACUUGAGGGUGGACUAUGCAGUCAAUCACAAGGUAUGUGGUUCUCUUGCUGUUCCAGUUUUUGACACUGAUCUAGGUUCAUGUCGUGCAGUGCUUGAGCUUGUUACAACUAGUGAAAAAUCCAACUUCGAUACAGAGAUAGAAACAGUUUCCAAAGCUCUGCAGGCAGUGAACUUGAGAUCCACAAAAAUGCAGGCUCCCCAGCAGAUCCUCACAAAGAGCCAGAUAUCUGCAUUUUCAGAGAUACUUGAUGUAUUGAGAUAUAUAUGUCAUGCAUACAUGUUACCUCUAGCACUUACAUGGGUUCCUAUAGGACCUGAUGGUGGCCAUUUAUGCGACUUCAGGAAAUAUAAGCUUGGGGAGACAAAUUCAACUCCAAAAAGGCCCAUUCUUUGCAUCCAUGAAUCAUCUUGCUAUGUUAACAAUACAAAAAUGCAAGGUUUUCUUAAUGCAUGUGCUGAACAUAGCCUUGAGAAUGGACAAGGCAUUGCUGGGAAGGCUCUUCAAUCAAAUCAUCCAUUCUUCUCCCCUGAUGUAAAGGAGUAUAACAUUCAUGAAUAUCCACUUGUACACCAUGCUCGUAAGUUCAACCUUCAUGCUGCAGUUGCAAUCAGACUGAGGAGCACAUACACUGGAGACAAUGAUUACAUACUAGAGUUCUUUCUACCAAUAGAUUGUAUGGGUUCCAAAGAGCAACAACUCCUUUUAAAUAACCUCUCAAGUAACAUGAAGAUACUUUGUAGAAGCUUAAGGACUGUUUCUGAUGCUGAAAAAGAAGAAUCAGAUAUUGCUGGAAUUAUAGGAGAACCAGUAUGUUGCUUAUCAACUGAUUUCACGAUGAAGUGCUCUCGACCAGUGGACAUAGUUCCAAAAUCAACCAGUGGAAAAGUUGUUUCAUUAACUAAGGAAAUAUCAUCUGAUGAACAGCAUGAUAAUGCUUAUCAUGAAGAGUUAAAAUCUAGCUCAGGCAAACAAGCGGAGAAAAAAUGCAGUACAGCCGAGAGGCAUAUUAGUUUAAAUCUUCUUCAGCGGUACUUUUCUGGAAGUCUCAAGGAUGCUGCAAAGAAUAUUGGUGUUUGUCCUACGACACUUAAAAGGAUAUGCAGACGGCAUGGAAUUUUAAGAUGGCCAUCUCGCAAGAUAAAAAAGGUCAACCAUUCAUUGCAAAAAAUCCAAAAUGUAAUAAAUUCUGUACAAGGAGUGGAGGGAGCAAUAAAAUUUGAUCCUUCUACUGGGUGCCUUGUUGCAUCAGUCUCCUCUGCAGAAAAACCAGCAUCCUUAACCCUAGAGUCAACAGGUAAAGAUCAUGUGUCAGCCUCUUCUUUUCACCAUAUCGAGAAUGAGCAUGCUGUUGACAAAAUGAAGCCAGAUAGAUCUUCUCUUGUCGGACACCAGGGAGAUAGUACAGUCCAGUUAAAAUGUGAUACAGAUGAAAUUGUCCAUUUUUCAAAUGACUCUAGCAGAGGCUUGGAUUGGACUUGUGCCGAUGCUGGUCUGGUGCCAAAUGCUAGAAUUCACACCUCAGUUGACUGGUUGUCAUAUCCUAGAGAUAUAUCUGACUGUUCAUAUUUUCCAAAAGAAAUAGGCUGCCCAGGAAGCAAUGGUGUCUCAAGUUUGGUGAAAUUGGAAGGUCAGUUUGUUUCAGGAAGCUCAAGUUCUGCUAUACUUAGUAAAAAUCAAAUGAAUUCCGAAGCAGAUGGUGGGAACCUAGAAAACAGCAAUCCUUCUUCUUCUUCCAGCAUGACGGACUCUUCUAGUGAUAGUGCAUUGCAUCACCCCAGCUUUAGAAAGAGUGGGAUAUCAAUCUCCAAAACUUUGCCAUUUGUUACAGUGAAGGCUACUUACAAGGAAGACACUGUCAGAUUCAAGUACUUUCCAUCUAUUGGUAGCCACUACUUGUUUGAGGAAGUCGGAAGGAGAUUCAAAUUGCCGGGAGGGACUUUCCAGCUAAAAUACUUGGAUGAUGAGAAAGAGUGGGUUUUGUUGGAGAAUGAUGCUGAUUUUCAGGAAUGCAUUGAUAUACUGGAGAAUAUCGGAUCGCAAAGUAUAAAACUGCAAGUUCGAGAUGUGCCUUAUAACGUUGGUAGCUCCGGCAGUAGCAACUGUCUAAAAUUGUGAAUUUGAUGAAAAAAAACAGUAUGAAGUCUGGCUUUGUUGAUCCAGCAAUGUGCGGGCAGUCUUAGGUACUUUGUUAGGGGGAACAAAGGUGUUCCUUGUAUUAGCACUCACACUCCUUGUAGAAUAGUUAAGCAGUAUAGAACUCCUGUUAGUUAGCAAAGUUCUUUAUGAGUCUCUUGUAUAUAUUUUGUAGUCACCUUUUUUUAAAAUUUCCGUGUAUCAUUCUAAGUGGUUUACUUCUUA